AGGUUCCAACAUUAACUCAAAUCCCAGCAAAGUCUGGUACCUGGAGCAUGCUGAGGAAGCCAGUGCUGACAUCCUAGUUCUGCCACUUGUUGGAGUCUUCCAGUCCUCCUGGGUUAAAUCCUGUUUUGAUCAAGAAAAGGAUCCUCUCUGGAUGAGCAUGAAGUGUGGAUGAGGAGCCACAGGGGAAAUUCCAGCAAGCAACAGUAAAGCAGCCUGAUUGCACUUUCUCCAAUUGCUGUGUGAUCCUGGACAUCAGAGUCGGGAUGGGCAAUGAGAACAGCAGUGCAGAGAAUGAGAACACUCCACAAGACUCAGAAUUAGGCCAACCUCCUGGUAAUGGCCACAAUUUAAAAAGGGGCCCUGAGAAAAAGAGCAGAGAAGAGUCUGGAGGUCAGGACAUCUCAGAUCCUCUUGCUGCUGCUGCUGUGCCACUGGCUGAGAGCUUGUCCCCCUCCAUUCCAGGACCUACAAGCAUCGGUAAGGAAGGCAUCAGUAGCCACAGUGCUGAAGAGCUACCCAGCCCAAAUUCCAACCCAAAUUGCAGCACGGUGUCUCCAGAGGGGACGGGACAGAGCACUGCCUUGCAGGAGCAAGGGGCACAAACAGACUCUGACUUCUCAAAGCGCUCUGCUGAAGCAAGGGAGAGGAGCCUGCCUGUCACAGACUGUGCCAAAGAACCUGUCACAGGCAGCAGUGACAAAUUACACAGCCCAGACUGUGACAGAGCACAGCCAGCACCAGGGAAUGACAAAGAAGAUGGAUUAGCACAUGCUGGGUCUGUGGACAGCGCUGCUGCCUCCUCCACCAAAACCUGCGAGAAUGAGCCCGGAAUCCCAGCCCUGCAGCCCAGCCCUGCAGCAGCACCCCUGGAAAUGCAAGCAGCCACACAAACGGGUUUGGGUGAAUUAGGAUCUCUCCAGCAGGACGAGCAGCUGGGUGGCAUCAGGGAGCCACGUGUCAGCUGGGUUCCCCAGGGUGAAGCAGCAGGAGAUUAUUGUACUGCUCAGGAGCCCGAGCAGGAGAGAGGAGUUUUGGAAGUAGGUCAGCUGCAGGCAGAAAUGCAGCAAGGUAGACAGAACACAGAUGGUGGAGAGGGUCUGCUAAUGAAAAAGGAAGCAUUAAUCCCAAAUUAUCCAGCAACAGGAGGCUCAGACAGUGAAAAAUUUGGAGCAAUUGUGAAUGCUCAGGGCUUCGCUGAGAUCUGUAAUCUACAGAUGAGGGCUGAAACAGCAGCUGAAGGGAGUGAGGCAAAUCCAGCUCUAUCUGGGAGCAAAAGGAAGCAAUCAGAACCCUGCACUUUAAUGUCAGAGCUGCCUUCUAGCCCUCCAAAUCUCUUCCUGGUACCAAUGCCUGAAGAGCCUUUGAGGGAAUCUGUGCCUGGAAAUGGCUCUCAAGAUCCAGCCAGGAGUGAAGCAGUGAAAACAGCCUCUGAAAAAAACAAACCCCUUUUUCAAAGAGAGCUUCAAAAGGAGGAUGAGCUUGUUAGUGCUGAGCAUUUCAGUGUGCCUUUAUCAUUUGAGAGAGAGGAAGAAGAAAAAUCAGCUGUCACAACUGAAAGCCCAAAAGAAGCCAAUAGCAAUGAAAUUAUAAAAGCUGAUGAUGUGUCUAGAGAAAGCACCACACUUUCUGAAACAGAAAGCAUUAUUAGUCCCACUAAGGAAAAUUCACUGGUAGAUAAAAGAUUAUUACUGGAAGAAUAUGCAUUAAGUGCUACUUUGAGCACAUCCACAGAGCUGUAUCAAAAAGAAAUGGGGGCAGAUGUAGCAGGAAGAAAAAAUGGAAUCAGAACAGAGGAUGCACAAAUGUCAGAAACCAGUGAAUUACCUGAGGGCUUGAGUGGGGCAGGAAGACAAUUUUUGAGCUCUCCUAGUAGCCACCACCAGGACACGGAAAAUACCCACUUGGAACGCGAUCCUGAAAAAUUCAGCCUUUGUGAAAACACUUCAACAGGUGACCUGGGGCAAGAAGGUGGGGGAAAGCCUCUGAAUUUAGACAGCAACUUUAAAUCUCCCAAAGGCAAUUCCCAGUCUCGUGGUUGUGAACCUGAACAACAAAUGAGCAAAGAGAAAGCAGCUGCCCCAGAUGGGCUGGAGAACAAGCUCGUGGCUCCACUGCAGCUGGCAGGGGAGGAAUGCCCACGGAGUUCUGAUUGCUUUAACACUGAGGCUGAAGGCAAAACGUGGGACCAGUCAGGCUGUAACAGCACUGAAAAGGCUUGUUUAGAUGGUGCACACAGUUCACUGCCCCUCCACCCUGGGAACAAUCAUAUUAAGCAGAGUAAGCAGGAUGAAUCCUGGGAAAAGGCUUUUGCUAGAGAAGCUGUGUUGGAAUCUGAACACAAAGCUGGGAGUCAAGACAAGCCUGAGAGCUCCAGCAAGCCAGGAGAAAGUGCAGAAAUGCCUGAGUUAAAACUUGAUCUCCAGGCAUUAAAUGAGUUGGCAGGGACUAUGGGACAAAGCAAGGAGGCCUCACAGGCUCUGGAAACCAAAGAACAGAACAGUCACAUCACCAAAGCACUUCACAGAGAUCCAGAGCAGGAACCUGCAGAUGCACACAGCAGUGCUGGGGAUGGAAAUCAGAAUGAAGGUGUUCAACAAGAGAGGCACCAAAGUGCAGUGAAAAGUUCUGCGGAGGAUGAAGAUUUGGCUCAGGAAAGUAAAUGUAAAUUGGAUGUGCAAACUCAGCUGGAGCAAGUGGCUGCAGAAAGUCACAGAAAUACACAGAUGGCUCCUUCAGAACCUCCCAAAACUGCAGCCAGCGCUUCAGGACUUACUGAUCACCAAGGUCACACGGAGGAAAGGGGUGACAGCCACGUCCCUGCAAAGAGCUGCCCCUCUGAGAGGGACACGUGCAGCUCUCCGGAGCUCCUGCAGCGCCGUGUCCCCGAGGGGCAGGAAAGUGAAGGUGUUCCAAAUGUUCCAACAGCUCCUCCCCAAGCACAGCAAGCAGAGCAGUCUCUGCCUGCUGCUGGUGACAGCGGCUGGAGCUCAAACACAGGGCUGGAACAGCAGGAGCAGCAGAGCAGGCUGGCAGCUGUCGGGAGAGCAGAUGGUCAGCGGCCCAAAGGAGGGGCACCACAACCUGGGCGCUCGGACCCCGGCAAUCACAGCAACUCACCACAAAUACCUCUGGACGUCUCACAGCACCCUGACAAACAAUCCUCUGUGCCAGGCCCAGCGCCACCCCAGUGUGGCUCUGAUGGGCCAAAAGAGCAGGACAAGGAUGACAGCAGCGCUGAGGAUGCGAGCAAACACGGGCAAAACACUUCUGGUGCGACUGCGCUCAAUUUGCGAGAUGGCAAGGAGCAAAACAAAACCCAUCUCACGGCAGAAGAAAAGUGCUGCAGUCAGCAAAACUCAAGCAAGCCCGAGCAGGGUGAUAAUUCUUUGAUCUCAGCGAGGCAGCAUGAAGCUGCAUGUCAGAGAGACACGUUUUGUAAAGAACUUGAAAAGAAUGAGCAGCCAGGCAGCGUGUGCAGGGGAGAGGAUAAUGCUGGUGAAAGCUCUGCUGCUGCUGUAAACACUCUUCCAGGGACACAGGAUUCAGCAAGCGCCACUAACAUAUCACAGGCUUUGCCAAGCAAUACAGAAAUAGCACAUACUUCUGAUAAUUCUGAGAAAAAUGAUCCCCAAAUAUCUCGUCCAGAAAUGCAAAGGAAAAUGCCAUUAAUGGCAAAAAACUCAGAAAAUAUUCUGACUGCUGAUGGGGGAAUCACCCUGAAAGAUGGAAGCAUGGGGAUGAGUUGUGAGGACAGUGCUUCUGUCCCAGAAACAAGCAAUAUAAAGCCUGAUACAAGUCCAGGGGCUCAAGGAGCUCCUUCACCAUUACAGGCACACAGGGAAGUGAUUCCCACUGAUAACUCACAUAAAUCCAGCUGCAUUCAAAAUGCAGCAGAGCAACCUGGUUAUCAUCAAGCAGAUUUUACAAUUUCUGCACUCAGCCAUCCCAGCCAGCAACCUGGAAACAACAUGGACAAGGGUACUGGGGGGGAUUCACUAAAUAGUGAGCUGGAAGUUGUAGCUUCCCCAAACACCGUGAAAGGUAACUCUAAUUUGCAGGGUCCCCCAGGUCCUCAGGUGUCAGAACCCUUAGGUGUUUCACCCAGUGUAAACACAGGUAAAGCAGCAAAUUCAGAAAAUAGCUCUGCAGGGAAUAUAUGUGUAAGUGAAACGGAAUGUCCAGACCAAAGUUUUCAAGGUGAUGGAGAGAGAAUUUUUGCCCUGUCAGAGACUCUGAAUGUAGGGCAGAGAACUGGAAACUUAUCACACUUCAACUCUGAGAAGCUGAAGAAAGAGAUCUCUGCAAUUAAAUCCAAAAACACAAAAAGUGAGCUAAACUUCAAAGAACAGCAAAGUGACAGUUCAGCAGAGUCUCUGUUAGCACUCCCUACUCCAGAAGGGAAGCUGCUGAGCCUUUCAUCAUCACAAGAAGGCUGUAAUGAGGAAAUUGCAACCAAUAUCUGUGCAGAUGACAAGUACGGUAAGAUCUUAGAGAAACCUGGGAAUUCAGAAAAAAUGGAAGAGCUUUCAAAACAGAAUAACAACAUAACCAGGGCAGACAACAGUGUUUCUGAGCAGUCUGCAGAGAACUCUGGAAGGGAGCAUGAGGCUCUGACUUGCAGCUCUCUGGACAUUGGCUCCAGCAUCCCGGACUUCAGGGAGCACAUCAGCCAGAUUUUUAAAAAAACUGUCCACAGCACACUGAGUACUGAAUUACCCCAACUUUUGACUGAAAACCAUGCAGGCUUCAAGCAGAGUCCAGUGGCCAAGGACCCAGCAGAACUCUGUGGUGCUGAGAACUUUUCAGAGCCAAACAAGGCGGGCAAAGGAGCUCCCGAGAGCAGCACAGAAGCAGAGGGACGAGAGUUGCCUUUAGCUACUGAGAUUUCCUGCAAAGCUGCCAAGGGCAAAUCUCUGCAACAAGAAAACACAGUGGCAGAGCUGCCACCAGCAAGUCUCCAGGACACUGAGGAAAGCAGGCAGCCCGCUGGCUGUUUAGAAGUGGUCCCCAGCUUGGAUGGCGCUCCAUCUGCUGAACAAGCUCUGGAAAAUCUGCAAAAGCUGGGCAAGCCCACUGAGAGCAGUGGGAUGGAAAGAGAGGAAGGCGUGUGUGCUGGUGGCGUGGAUCCUGAAUCACUAAUAGGCUUAGAGAUAAAGAGGCAAGGACCAGCUUCAUCUGAUGGGGCAGCAGCUGAGAACUUCCCUGCAUAUUCCGACAGCCAGCAGCAGCGCAGCAGAGCUGUUAUCUCUGCAGGUGAACAGGGCAGGGACAUAGAAGAUGCUGCUGCCACAGAGGGAAAUAACUUAAUUACAGAGUGCAAUGCAGAACCAGUUUCCUCUGAAGAGGAUGUAAGCCUUCCUGCUGCACAGUGCCUGGAUCCCAAGCCAAAUGAACAGGAGAAAAGCGAGUACGGUGAUGCAGACGUUGCCAAGAGCAUCUCUGACAUGGCAUCUUCAACGCUUGUCCCAGGAGGGUCUUACAGCCAUCAAAAAUUGCCAGACAAUUUCAGUGUGUCACCUGAGGAAAAUCAGGAGGCAAAGAUUCACAGCGAUUUCGUGCGUGGCAUUAGGUCUCAGAGUGACACACAGAUGAUACAGGACGAAGCAGUAAACAGGGAACGCUCGGAAACAUCGGGAAAUUCUCAAGAUGCACAGCAAGAAAAGAAAGUGAGCAUGCAUGGGUUAAUAGAUUACUUAAAAACUGAAGUAAGCCAGGAUGAUUGCUUGCAAAGGGACUGUAAACUAGAAUCUGGCAGUCUGACAGGGGGAGACGUGAAAGAGAGCAGUGACACAGUGCUAGGCACAGCAAGGACAGGUCAUGAAAAAAGUGGAGACAUCCCUGAAACUGGAACUGCAAGGAUGUUAGUCACUGCUGAGGGAGACUUAGCUAUAAACACGAGCACUGAAGAGCAGGAGGCAAACCUGCACAAAAAUCACUCCCCAGCCCUCCCUGUGAUGGAGCAGGGUGAGCAUUCUGCACGUGCAGCUCUCGCUACUGCUGAAAAUCAGCCAAGCAAGAUGAAUUCAGAACACGAAAUCUCCCUCCAGGAUGCCAAAGGAAAGCUAUCACCGCUUGCAUUAACUGAGCCUAAGAGCCUUCACCUCAGUGAACUUCAGGACAUGGCUGUGGCAGGAUUACCCACUGAAAGCCCUCCUGGGCCAGGUGAUGAUAAUCAGUUGGCUUCUGCCCUCGAUCCCUGUGAGCAUCCCUUAGCUGUGUCUGCAGCCCUUGGAAAUGCUGUGCCGGUGGGAGCUGCCGAGCUGACUGCAGCCAGCACUUCCAAGCCUGACAGCUGCAAAGGAGUUGAUAACCACGCUUCUGAGGAUGUACCUUUGGCUGUGGCCCCUGGUGAUGGUGUAGAGCUGCCUGCUCAAGAAACCAAAGGUUUCACAAGGGAGAAAAAAAGGAGCUCUGACUCUGAAGAAGCAUUUGAGACCCCAGAGUCCACUACACCUGUCAAGGCACCACCUUCACCUCCACAGCCACCCCCUGAAGCAGCAGCAGCAGCAGCAGUUGUUGCAGACGUAGCAGAGCAGGAAAUAAAACCUCAGCUGCCCGUGGAAGAUACAGGACUGUGUUCGGAAGCCGAGCCUGUCACCGAUGUGUCACACAGUGAGCCCGUCCAGGAGAGCCCUUUCCGUCCCCCUUGCCAUUCCUUCUCCACCGUCUUCGACGAGGACAAGCCCAUAGCCAGCAGUGGAACCUACAACUUGGACUUUGAUAACAUCGAGCUGGUCGAUUCUCUCCAUGCCUUAGGGCCGAGCUCUGCAGAGCCCAAGAGCCGUGACCCCAAAGCAAAUGUCCGCAGGAAAUCCACGGACUCGGUCCCAGUUUCCAAAUCCACGUUGUCUCGAUCUCUCAGCCUGCAGGCCAGUGAUUUUGAUGGAGCAUCUCACCUCGGCAACAGCGAGACAUUAGCCCCAUCAGCAGAUGCGUAUGGCACAGGUUCCAGCAGCGCUUCCAGUACGCUCAAGAGAACGAAAAAACCCAGACCAGCUUCCGUAAAAAAGAAGCAGGCGGCCAAAAAAGCCCUGGAUGCUCCACUGGUGAAGGAAACCCCACAAGAACCGCCUGAGCUUGAGCAAGCAGCUUGUGAGGAUAAAGCACCCGAGGUGAAGGCUGACUCAGCAAAGCCCGAAUGUACUGAACCUUCCAAAGUCUCUGCUGAGAAAGAGGAGGCCCCGCCCGUGCCUGAAGGAUCCGAGCCUUCGGAUCCGGCCCGUUUCGAAGGGAUUAGUGCGUUUAGCUCCGGGGGCAGCAAAGUGCAGAACUCGCCCCCUGGCAGCAGGAAAAGGCUGCCUCUCACCACGGCCCCCGAGGCUGGGGAGGUGACUCCGCCCGACACCGGGGGACAGGAGGACCCUCCCGCCAAAGGCCUGGCGCUCAGGCUGGAGUUUGAUUAUUCUGAGGAGAGAGGGGGGAGCGAAGAGCAGCAGGAGAGCGCUCCUCCUCCCAAAAAAGCAGGGAAAAAGCCUGGUGCUAAAAUGCCGCUACGGAGGCCAAAGACUAAAAAAGCGGUGGAGAAGCUUGACAAUGCUCCAAGCACCCCGACCAAGUCGCCCGCUGACCCGAACGAAAUCCCCAUCACCAAGGGCUCCUACACCUUUGAUAUCGACAAGUGGGACGAUCCCAAUUUUAACCCCUUCUCAUCCAGUACAAAAAUGCAGGAAUCGCCCAAACUGCCUCAACAAACAUACAGCUUCGAGCCGGACAUGUGUGAGGACUCCAUUGACCCUUUCAAGUCUUCUUCCAAGAUAGCCAGCUCGCCUUCCAAAUCUCCAGCUUCCUUUGAGAUCCCAGCCAGUGCCAACGAAACGAACGGAACGGAAGGAGACAGCCUGAACAAACCUGCCAAGAAGAAGAAGACGCCACUAAAAACGAUGGUAGAAGAUGUGAUGUCUGUAUGUUCUCUGUUUGAUACAUUUAGGGUGAAAAAAUCACCAAAAAGAUCCCCACUAUCAGAUCCUCCUUCUCAGGAUCCUACUCCACUGCCAACUCCAGAAACACCUCCUGUCAUCUCCACGGUGGUCCACGCCACGGAUGAGGAGAAGCUGGCGUCCUCCGUGACGGGGCAGAAAUGGACCUGCAUGACCGUGGAGCUGAACACGGACAAGCAGGACUACCCACAGCCCUCUGACCUGUCCACCUUCGUCAACGAGAGCAAGUUCAGCUCUCCCACAGAGGAAUUGGAAUAUGGCAACUCAUAUGAAAUAGAAUAUAUGGAGAAAAUAGGCUCCUCUGUGCCUCAGGAUGAUAGCACCCCGAAGAAGCAGUCCUUGUACCUAAUGUUUGAUGCCCAGCAGGAGAGCCCAGUGAAAUCACCUCCCAUCAGAUUGUCUGACUCCACAUCUCCCUGCUCAGGGUCAAGUUUUGAAGACCCUGAAGCCCAGCAGUCCUCUGGCAUGAAAAUACCACACCCAGCUUCCCGAGUGCUAGCUGCCAGCCAAGAGGCACAUUUACAGUCCCCUGACAAGGGCAAGCAGAAAGAGCUGGAGCCCAUGACUCUAGGAACAACUCCAGAGGCUAUUGAAAUUACAUCUCCUGAAGACUCCUUUGUCUCUGCUGAUGCUCUUCUCAAUAGGAUAUCUAAGAAAGCCUCAAUAUGUGAUCAGCCUGAAUAUCUAGAUCCUGACCUAGCAGAAAAGAACCCCCCAGUAUUUGCCCAGAAACUUCAGGAGGAGCUAGAGUUUGCUGCCAUGAGGAUAGAAGCGCUGAAGUUAGCCAGGCAGAUUGCCCUCUCCUCUUUGCGCUCCAAGAGAGAACCUGCUAUCCCAGCAGAUGUUUCCAUCUCCAAAAGUGCACUGUACUCCCGCAUCGGCGCCUCGGACGCCGAGAGCACCGCGGCUCUGCUCUACCCCCAGCAGGACUUGGACUCUGCCCUCCGGCUCGCCAGAGCAGAGAUUGUGGCCAAGGAAAGGGAAGUAUCUGAAUGGAAAGAGAAAUAUGAAGAAAGCAGAAGGGAAGUGAUGGAAAUGAGAAAAAUAGUUUCGGAAUAUGAGAAGACCAUUGCUCAGAUGAUAGAGGAUGAACAGAGAGAGAAAUCUGUCUCCCACCACACUGUUCAGCAGCUCAUAGUGGAGAAAGAGCAAGCUCUGGCUGAUCUGAACUCAGUGGAGAAAUCCCUGGCAGAUCUUUUCAGAAGGUAUGAGAAGAUGAAAGAAGUCCUGGAGGGGUUUCGGAAGAAUGAAGAAGUGUUGAAGAAAUGCGCGCAGGAAUAUUUGUCACGAGUGAAGAAGGAAGAGCAGAGGUAUCAGGCACUCAAAAUACACGCUGAGGAAAAACUGGACAGAGCCAAUGCUGAAAUUGCACAAGUGAGAGGCAAGGCCCAGCAGGAGCAGGCAGCGUACCAGGCCAGCCUUCGGAAGGAGCAGCUCAAAGUGGAUGCCUUGGAGAGAACACUGGAACAAAAGAAUAAAGAGAUUGAAGAAUUAACAAAGAUUUGUGAUGAACUGAUUGCCAAAAUGGGGAAAAGCUAACUUUUAACCAAAUUUCUGGACUUCAAUAUUGAGUGCAAUAUGACCAUUGGCACACUGAUGUCCAUACAUUUAUGUGGACAGGUUAUAUUUUCACUUUUUCGUAUGCACUACUGUAUUUUCUUUCUAAAUAAAGUUGAUUUAAUUGUAUGCAGUACUAAGAUGACUAUCAGAAUUUCUUGCUAUUGUUUGCAUUUUCAUAGUAUAAUUCAUAGCAAGUUGAUCUCAAAGUUCCUGUAUCAGGGAGAUUGUCAAGUUCUCUAAGAAAUUACAAAUUGCUGAUCCUAGCCUUCCCUUUGUACAUGAGUUCCCAUGUUGGAUGUCUUUUGGAUUUAAUAUAAACAUGUAUUACUUGCAUGGGGACUCUUGCCUUAAGGAAUGUAAACUUUAUCUGCAUUUGCUGAUUUGUAAAAUAAAAAUUUAAAACAACAAAAAAAAAAAAAGGAAAAUGCAUGUCACAAAUGA